CGGAAGCACGUGUCAACGUUUGGACCAGUCGUACGCGCUCUGAAGCUGCGUUCGACGCGGCCACAACGCUCCGUUAGACCUCUGUUGGACACCUUUAGGCCGUGGGCCUAAUCUCUCCGUUGAGAGCCCGAAAAAGAGCCGCCAUUUUUUGGGUGCAAUUUGAUACACCGGGUCUUUUGCUAGCCACGGCGGUAGCGCUGUUGUCGCACAAUCUCGCCGCCGGCGUGUGUUUAGUAAGUGCGGUACAGUUUGCGCUUGAGAUACACGUUUUGGAAGGGUUACGGUUGUGUUUAUGCCGAUUCCUUUUAUAGAUAAUUUGUAUUAGUGACACCGAGCGUACGGCGACGUUGCUUCCGACUGGAUCUAUCUGGCGUCAUCAGCGGACUGACGACCGGCACGAAGUUCCGCGUAUGGGGUGAGAGGAUUUAAUUUUGGCUACGUAGUUACAACUGGCAUGAAAAAAAAAAGGAUCUUAGUUGGAUGUGGCGUUGUCGAGAAUUUAACGUAGUUUUUUCACAUAUAUUCUUCGUACUCUCGAACUUGCGUACUAUACUGUGCUUGGAGAAUAAAGGAGACAGGAGCUUACUCUGUACACUGUAUACUGAAUUGAAUUGCAAAUUCCCGAGGAUGCAAUAAUUUACUCUGGUUGUAUUCCAUGUCAAUUCAUCCUGGUCCUGAUAAAAAUUUGGAUGUUAGAGAGCAGAAGGAUGGCGACAAGUCGGGUAAUUCAGAUGAGCAAAUGCAGGCCGACAGAAGGCGCUUUUCGUUGCUUCGGAUGCGAGCGGCCCUUGAGAAGCUAGAAGAAACACUCCAACCUGAUCGCGUCUCUGAAGUAUCCAGCGAACAAGUGAAAUUCAAAGAGAGUACUCGAAGUCCUGACACGAGGUUUGGGGUUGAGACUCCUCCUUCAACUGCGAGAGAACCUUCUCGAGGUAAUCAGACGAAACCUGCCAAUGAAGCGCCCAAAAGUUUCGCCCAAUACCAAUCGAACCAACCCCUGAAGAGGGGCGCUGUAGAUACUGAGGAAAAGAAGAGUUCGAGUGGUCAGAGAAAAGAAGGCAGGGGUCUGAUGUCGAGUCCAAAUGCAAAUGCUCAAACGUGUUUGAAAGCAGAUCUCUCGGGCAAAAGACCUCUCUUUAACUCGUCGUCAAACAGGAUGUCCCUGCUCCUGGAUAAGGGCAGGUCUCGGCAAAAUACCCUCGCGCAGGGUCGCCAUGCAGUCAAUGUCGAUUCGUCUGGGUCAGCGACGUCUCAACGCUUGCCUCCUCCACCUGUGCCAGUGAAACCGCAGAAUUCAGCGUUGGGCAAUAUUUCUAGGUAUUCUUUGGUCGACAGCGGAUCUCUGCGUCCGUUAACGCAAAGCUACAAUGCAACGCACAUGCUCGGCGCACAGCACAGAGCCGGGGGCGCCGACAUCGGGGCCAGACCCGGCGCGGACCUGCCAUCGGCUGUGCCUUCGACUAUAAGUAGAGUCUCGUCCAGUCAAGUGAUAUUGCGGUCGAGCCCACGAGAAUCGCCGGUCUCGCCGGUGCAGGAGAGAAGGGGCCAUGCGGAGGCGGUUAGUAACGCGUCCCAAACCGAAGCCGGUACCAUCAGGAUAGACGAGAAGGGUCGUCAGUUCACCGUGGGGAAGCCCCGAGAUUCGAGCUACUACAUGCUGAAUAUAGAGGAGCCGACGAACAACAACUAUUGGUCAAUUCUCUCCAAAAACAAAAGUAUAGCGGCGGUUGGAAAUUUUGCUAAGGGCAUAGCCAAGAAUCUGUCUAAGAAUCGGGCAAGUCUUGAGUUGGGCGAGGGAGAUGCGUAUCACGGCCAGGGUGACGACUGGGACAUGCCGAGGCGUGCGGAGUCUCAUUGGCAGAUGCCUUGUCUGGAUCGGACUUCUAAAGAGGUGCAGAGCCUGGUCGACAUGAGCGUCCUGGACGAGGGAUACCACAUCGAGUUGGGCGUUCCUGGCACGAGCUUUCCGGAGACGCUGUCUCUCGACUACGAGUCUGAGUACACUCCCUACUACGGCAAGUAUAUUUACAACGUGAAUCACGUGAACUACAUCGGACACGACGAAGAAAACGAUACGUACUGGGUUGUGUCGAUAGAGUCCCUCAACCGCAACAGGAGGCAAGAAUUUAUCAAAGCGCUGGUUCGCGGCACCGACGGCUACUAUCGGCUCAAGAUCGAGACCAGCCUGCUACAGGCCGGCGGUAUUGGCACCCUGGCCGACAAGGCCAAGGGAUCCGGCCUCAGAAAGCUGCAGUCCGCCUACAAAGACAUCCCGGAGUUGGAGAGGGUCAAGUUCGUGCGCGUGAGGGAUCCAGGGCUAAAGGAGGAGCUCCUGUCCAUGGAAGAGAAAGAGGUGGCGUUGGGCGCCAAGUACAAGUUCGGUGUUCUGUACGUUAAGCCUGAUCAGACGGAGAAUGAGAUCUUCGCCAAUUGUGACCCGAGUCCGGCUUUCUAUGAGUUUUUAGAAUUUUUGGGUGAAAAGAUCGAACUCCGCGGCUGGUCUAAGUUUCGGGGUGGCCUGGACGUGAAAACCGGGAACACCGGGGAGCACUCGAUCUAUCACGAGAUCAAUGGCAUCGAAAUCAUGUUCCAUGUCUGCGUGAUGCUUCCAUCACAACCCAACGACCUUCAGCGAGUCGAGCGAAAGCGCCACAUUGGAAAUGACGUUGUGGUCUUUGUGUUUCUUGAGGAAGGCUGCGAGCCCUAUUUGGUCACGAAGCUCACUUCCAAGUUCGUCCAGGUUCAGUACAUAGUGAAGGUGUGUCCUGGGACGGGAACUGGGCCCUCCAAUCCUACCAAGUACAUGCUCGCUGUCGUCACGAAGGCCGGCAUAGAACCGCACAUGCCACAGCUCCUGUUUCCGUCGAUAUACGAGAGAACGCCGGAAUUCAGGAACUUUCUCUUGACAAAGGCCAUCAAUUCUGAGAGAGCGUCUCUCAUGUCCGCAGAGUUUCAUAUGAAGGCCAGGCACACUAGAAAAUUCUUUAUGAAAGAUCUCUACGAGAGAUAUUCCUAGAAGUUGAAUUAAAUGCGUUUUUUCAAUUCUGUUUACUACUACUUGA